AUGCGGCUUUCUCUCCCUUGCUUCAUAUGUUUCUCUCUCUCUCUCUCUCUCUCUCUCUCUCUCUCUCGCUCUCUCUCUCUCUCUCUCUCUCUCUCUCGCUCGCUCGCUCGCUCGCCCUUCAUUGAAAAUAGCAACAGCUUUCACAACAUGCCCCUAAUUUCUCAUUUGGUCUUUCUUUCUUUCUUUCUUUCUUUCUUUCUUUCUUUCGUUCUUUCUUUCUCCUUUUCUUCCUUUCUUUCAUAUUCAUUGUCUAUCUUUUUUCUCUUUUUCUUUUCCCUUUCAUUAGCAUUCUUUACUUUCUUUCUUUCUUUCUUCCUUUCUUUCGUAUACAUCGUCCAUCUUUCUCUUUUUCCUUUUUCUCUCUUUCUUUCUACGGACAUCGUUAGGCAUUUUACUUUCAGUGCAUUCUUUUCUUUCUUUCUUUCUUUCUUUCUUUCUUUCUUUCCGUUUUCUCUCUUUACCUCUUUUCUCAUUUUAGCUUUUUCAACUUUUCCUUUUUUUCUUCCUUUUAUUCCUCCCUUAUUUCUUUCAUCCACAAACAUUUUUCUUUCAAUUCAAAAUUUCUUUUUGUCUUUUCCUAACUCUACCCUUUCCUCUCCCCACUCUCUUUCUCUUUCUUUCUUUCUUUUUAUAUCUCCUGACAUUUUUCGAUCCAAAAUUUAUUUCCGUCUUUCCCUCUCUCUCUCUCUCCCAAACUCUUUCUCUUUCUUUCUUUCUUUCUUUCUUUCUUUCUUUCUUUCUUUCUUUCUUUCUUUCUUAAUAUUUUCGACGCAAAGUUCUUUCUGUCUUUCCUUCUUACUCACCGUCAUCCUCCUCACGCCCUUUCUCUCUUUCUUUCUUUCUUUCUUUCUUUCUUUUUUAUCUUCUAACAUUUUUUCGAUACAAAAUUUCUUACUGUCUAUUCAUCUCUCUCUCCCUUCUCUCUCUCUCAAACUCUUUCUUUUUCUUUUCUUUCUUUCUUUCUUUCUUUCUUUCUUUCUUUAUCGCCUAACAGUUUCGACCCAAAAGUUCUUUCUGUCUUUCCUUCUUACUCACCGUCUUCCUCCUCUCUCUCUUUCCCUUUCUUUCUUUCGUUCCAUACUUCCUUCUUCCUUUUCUUCCUUUCUUUCAUAUUCAUCGUCUAUCUUUUUUCUCUUUUUCUUUUCUCUCUCUUUCUUUCUAUGUACAUCGUUAGACAUUUUUCUCUCUCAGAGCAUUCUUUACUUACUUUUUUUCUUUCUUUCGUUUACAUCGUCUAUCUUUCUCUUUUCUCUUUUUCUUUUUUUCUCUCUUUCUUUCUACGUGCAUCGUUACGCAUUUUUCUUACUUUCUUUCUUUCCGUCCUUCCUCUUUUUCUUCCUUUCUUUCGUAUACAUCGUCUAUCUUUCUCUUUUUCCUUUUACUCUCUUUCUUUCUACGGACAUCGUUAGGCAUUUUACUUUCAGAGCAUUCUUUCUUUUUAUAUCUCCUAAAAUUUUUCGAUCCAAAAUUUAUUUCCGUCUUUCCCUCUCUCUCUCUCUCUCUCUCUCUCUGCCGUCUCUCUCUCCCAAACUCUUUUUCUUUCUUUCUUUCUUUUCUUUCUUUCUUUCUUUCUUUAUUUAUUCAUUUAUUUAUUUAUUACUUUCUUUCUUUCUUUAUAUAUCUCCUAAUAUUUUCGACCAAAAGUUCUUUCUGUCGUUCCUUCUUACUGUCAUCCUCCUCUCUCCCUCUCUUUCACUCUUUCUGUCUUUCUUUUGA